GGCGGAGAGCCUUUAUAACACGCACUUGACUGUGCACUCCGGAUCUCAUCUCUCUUCCUUCCUCGUAUCACCUUCGCGCAACCUCUACAUCAACACCACAUCCUAUCAUGUCCGGAAAGUACAUCGUCGUCUUCAAGGACAGCGUCAGCGCGUCGCAGAUCGAUGAGUAUGUUAACCAGGUGAACAGUAAUGGCGGUGAAGUUAGCAAGCGCUUCAAUUCUCUCCUGAACGGAUUUGCUGCUACCAUCCCGGAUUCAUUCCUUACCCAGCUGCAAUCGCUUCAGGGCGGUGUUAUCGACUACAUUGAGCCCGAUUCUGAGGUCAGGAUUCAGUAGAAGGGAUGUACGAGAACGUUGUUUGGAUGUGAUUGUAACGAUCAACGCGAGCCGCGACACUGCUGGAUAUACCUACCAUGGUAAUGUUGUAAUCGAUAUAUCUUAACGUGAACGAGGGCGCGAUGGCAUC